GCAUCAGAAAAGCUCAAAUGCGUGUGCUGAAAUUUACAUUGCUAAUCUGUGCUAUUGCUGGAUGCUGGCAACCGUCUUCAUGGACGUCAUUAUUUAAACAUAUAAUAUAUAAAACUUACGCCAUGUUUCUCGUCACUGCAUUAUGUAUAUUUUCGCUAUCGCAAUUUAUGAACAUCAUAUUCAAUGUUGAAAAUUCCGACGAAUUCACCGAUUCUUUAUACAUGAUGUUGACCGUAUUCGUCGCAGGCUAUAAACAAGUUUAUAUGUGGACAGAUCGAAAAAAAGUUAUGGUUGUAAUCAACGUUCUUACCGAGAAACCUUUUGCAAUAUGUGAAACGCACGAAGCUGUAAUUCAAAAAAAAUUUGAAAAAAUAGUAGAGAACAGUACUUUGCGAUAUUUGAUUAUCGUUAUGAUGGCAAUUAUAUCGGUAGUGUUGACAUCAUUUUUAACAGUUUUCAAGAAAAGAAAUUUGACCUACAAAGCAUGGUUUCCAUUUGAUUAUUCAUCCCCUGCUAUAUAUUUUUUUGUGUAUGUUCACCAAUUAAUAGGCAUGGCAACCUCGGGUAUAGUUAACGUCGCUUGCGAGAGCGUAAUUUGCGGACUUUUGUUGUAUAUCUGCUGCCAGCUUGAAAUUUUGGAAUAUCGAUUAACAAAAAUCACGCAUAAUCAACGCAUGUUGCAUGAUUGUAUUCGUCAUCACAAUCAAAUUUUUAAAUACGCGUGCACGGUGAAUAAUAUGUUUUCGAAAAUAAUUGCUCUACAGUUCGCCGUGAGCAUGUUGGUGAUAUGCUCGAAUUUAUUUCGACUAGCAACGACAUCGAGCUAUGUGAUCUUUGUUUCAUUGAUGGUUUACACGGGUGCUAUAUUGACGCAAAUUUUCAUCUAUUGUUGGUUCGGAAACGAAGUCAAGACAAAAAGUCUUAACUUGGCGAAUAAUAUUUAUAAUAAAGUAGAAUGGCCGACACUUAGCAAUAGCUGCAAGAGAGAUUUUUUACUAAUUAUGAGGCGCUCAACAAUCCCCAUCGAAUUUAAUAGCAUGUACAUACUGACAUUAAAUCUUGACUCGUUUGUGGCUUUGCUCAAGAUGUCAUAUUCGGCUUUCAACUUGCUGCAUCAAACCCAAGAUUAGUAGUUAAUUAGAUACAUUUUUGAAAAUAU